GGUGGCGCACCCUCUCGGCUUCUUCUUCCAGAAGUUUCCAAAGCGGCGGCAGCAGCAGCAGCAGCGACGGCGACAUGGCGGCCGACGGCGUCUUUACAGACCAGUUCAUAGAGGAGUGCCCGGAAAGAGCACUGGAGGAGAUCACUGCUGCAGUAGAACAGGAUUUGGACAAAGCAGAAUAUUAUUGCCAAAGAGCCUAUGCACACAUAUUACUUAAGAAUUACGAAGAGGUUGUAGAAGAUGCCAACAAAGCCCUCAAGUUGAAACCCCACUGUGCUUUAGCUUAUCUCAGAAAAGGAAUUGCAGAGUAUCACUUAAAAAUGUAUCAGUCAUCAAUGGAAUCCUUUACAAGAGGGCAGGAGUUAGAUAGUGACAAUCCCAGUUUUAGCACUUGGAUCAAAACUUGUGAAGAAAGUUUGAAAUCAGCCAGCCAGCAGGAUGGAAAAGCUGAAGAGCAGAUAUGUACACAACAGAAGGCAGUACCAAAAGUAAAACAUGAUUGGUAUCAGACAGAUUCUCAUGUUAUCGUCACAAUAAUGAUCAAGAAUGCAAGCAAGGAUACUGUGAAUGUUGAGUUUGCAGAAAGAAAUGUGAGUGCAACAGUGAAGCUUUCACCAGGAAAUGAUUACAAUUUGAAACUCUGUCUUCUGCAUCCUGUAGUACCUCAGCAUUGUGGAGUCAAAGUGCUUGGAACAAAGAUUGAAAUAAAGCUAAAGAAAACUGAAGCCAUUCGUUGGGAAAAGCUGGAAGGCUCUCUACCAGAUGUAAAGCAUUUUGUGCCAGUACAGCCGCAGCGGUAUCCAUCCUCCUCUCACUGCACGAAGAAUUGGGAUAAACUAGUAAUGGAAAUUAAACAAGAGGAAAAUGAUGAAAAGCCUGAGGGAGAUGCUGCUCUAAACCAACUCUUUCAGAAAAUCUAUGCUGAUGGGUCUGAUGAAGUGAAGCGUGCUAUGAACAAGUCAUUUACUGAAUCUGGAGGCACGGUUCUGAGCACAAAUUGGUCUGAGGUGGGCAAAAAAACAGUGGCUGUGAAUCCUCCAGAUGACAUGGAAUGGAAGAAACUUUGAUAUAUCAUUUUAGUACUGUUUUCAUCACAUUCAACUGUACAAGCAGCUUAUGAACUUUUUCUUCUGUUCCAACUGAUUAUGUACUAGACUAUGCCUUAGUCUUGGGAUAACCUUUUGCAUGGAUUUGAUGCAUUCUUUUGUCUGACAUUAAUGUUCAGAUUUUUUCCCCAAUUUAACAUAUCUUAAUUUUCAAGUGUCAGCGGGUUCCACCCAUGAAAUAAAUUGGGUAUCCAUACCUUUAUGGUGGUGUUUCAUGUGUGAGUAGUUUGAUAUCAAUCCUUGUUUGCAUUUCCAUUGAUUCAGCCCACUUAAUUUUUUGCUGUUAUGUUGAUUUUAAAAAGUAUCAUACAAACAUGCAGCAUCUAACGUGCUUUUAUUUCUAGUCAUGAAGCACUAUCAUAUAUUGAAAUGACAUUAGCAUGAAAUAUUUAGUACCAUUUUUGAGGAAUGCUUUCUGAACUAAUGAUGGGCAAUUAAACAGCAUAAAAUGUCGGAACAAGAUUUUUUUUUCUCCCUGCAAGUAAAUAUUUCUGUUUUCCUAUUGAGUUUUGUUAAAUUAAACGUUUUUUGUUUUAGCU